AUGAACAGUCUCCGAAUUUCAUCCACAAGAGUGCUCUCAAAUGCGCCACUCAAUUCAAGCAUAAGACCUUCAGGUCGAGCGGCGAUUUCGAAGCUGCUGCAAUCUUCCUUGACACGCUCCGCAUCAUCGAGUUCAUCAAAUUUUACAUCUUCAUUAUAUAACAUUCCUUUACGAUCGAGUUUCCUUCCUGUCGAGAUUCGCACUGGUCUGGGACCUGCCGCCUCUCGGGGAUUCCAUAAUGGCGCCCCUUUAAGACAAGAAAAAGAGCCGAAGACCGCAAAGACAGGGACUGAAGAGGAUGUGAAGGACUCAUCCCAGGCUGAGGCUGAGGGAUCGUCAAAAAAGGAGGAUAAGAAGGAUAGCUCAAAUGAGGAAACAGAUGGUGAUGGGAAGAAGGAGGACAAAAAAGAAGCGCCGCCGCCUCCUCCACCUCAUGGUGACAAGUCUCCAUGGCAAGUCUUCACCGAGACUUUGCAAACCGAAUUUAAGGCGUCCAAGGAAUGGAAUGAGUCUACGAAAGCGCUCGCUGCCGGUGCGCAGCAGUUUACGGAGAAUGAGUCGGUGCGACGUGCCCGCGAGGCGUAUACUUCAACGACCGGGGCGGUAUCGUCUACUGCUGGUACUGUCCUGAAAAGUACUGCUGGUGCGGUGGGUAAAGGUGCGGCGUGGACCUGGGAAACACCUGUUGUCAAAGGAGUGCGAACUACUGUCAAUGCCACAGCUAGUGUGAUCGAAAAGGGAACGCGCCCUAUCAGGGAAACUGAAGCCUUUAAAAAUGUUAAGAAUGUGAUCGACGAUGGUAGCAGUUCAAGAUAUGGAGGAUGGGUAGAAAAGGAAGAGAGGCGGAAGGCUAGAGAAUUAAGAGAAUUACAGGCUGGAGGAGGUAAGCGACAGGAAGUUGCAAAGGAAGACCCGGAGGCUGGCACAAAUGUCACUCUUCACAAAGAUGCGGCUUGGAAAGAAUCAUGGCGGGACUUCCGGGAUUCUAACAAACUGAUGCAAGGCCUCUUCUCCAUGAAAUCGGCAUACAACGAGUCGGAAAACCCUCUCAUCUCCACCGCGCGCAGUAUAUCGGACCGUGUUGCUGGAUUCUUUGCUGAAAACGAGACGGCAAUGGUCAUCAAAAAGUUUCGCGAAAUGGACCCGGCUUUCCAAAUGGAGCCCUUCCUACGAGAAAUGAGGGAGUACAUUCUCCCUGAGGUCCUGGAUGCAUACGUCAAGGGCGAUACGGAAACUCUGCGCCUUUGGUUAAGUGCUGCUCAGUUCCAGGUUUAUGAUGCUUUGACAAAGCAAUAUACCACUGCUGGUUUAAAGUCAGAUGGCCGGAUUCUUGAUAUUCGAAAUGUCGAGAUCUUGUCUGCUCGAAUCUUGGAUCCCGGUGAUGUCCCCGUAUUCAUCGUAACUUGCCGUACUCAGGAAGUCCAUGUCUACCGAAAUGCGAAGACGAACGAUUUGGCCGCUGGGAUGGAGGACAAAGUGCAGUUGGUGACAUACGCUAUUGGCGUCACCAGAACCCCAGAAGAUGUCAACAAUCCCGAAACAAGAGGAUGGAGAUUGAUUGAGUUACAGAAAAGUGGUAGAGAUUACAUAUGA